AUGAAUAAGGAUACCACAACACAAAUCAAAGUACUUCAAUGCUGUCAGUGUCAGAGGGAUGUGGAAUUCUACUGCAGACCAUGUGAACAAAAUUUCUGUAUGCCCUGUAAGCAGGAACACGUUGUGUACCUCGAUACCAAAGACCAUGAUGUUGUUAUUUACCGUUUAAAGCAUGGAGACUUUAUAACACCAGAGUUAUGUGAUAUACACCCAGACUGCAAAUAUAAAAGCUGGUGCAAAUCCUGUGAAUGUCUCAUCUGUGAUAAAAAUGAUAAACAUCAAGAACAUGAAAUUCUGGAUAUCAAAUUAGCCUGCACGAUUCAAAGAGAGGAACACAAGGAAAGAAUUAUUCAAAUUAGAGGUGAGAGUCUGCCACACAGUCGUGCGAUCCUAGCGGGUCUCAAAUCUGACGUGAAAAAAGAUGUAAAAAUUUUGAAAGCACAAUUCUCCAGUAUUCAUCAAAAGCUAACGGCUAAAGCUGAAAACUUGAAAAAACUAAUCGAUAGGCAUAGGAAGACACUAAAUGAUAAACCAAAUACUUAUAAUACUUAUACUACUUGUAUAUUGAAGCAUCAAAAAAUGAAGGAGUAUGUGCAAAGUUACACGGAAUUGGCAAACAAACCUGUAAAGUUUCUGUUGCUCAUAAAGAAAACACCUGUCCCCAAGGCAAUAGAAUUUCCUAUUAACAUAAUGUUUAGGUUUUUGAAUGAAAUCAGUAUAAGAGACAUGAAUGACAUUUUAGAUGAAGUCAAAAUCACAGAGGCAGGAAAAAGAAAAGUAAAAAAAGAACAAAUGUUGAAACUUGUGCAAAAAGGUUUGUUAAAGAAGUUUGUUGCUGUGACUGACUUAAUUCAUGGUGUUCACAUUUCUUUUGUGACACCAGAUAAAAUUUGGGUUAGUGAUAGACGCAGUCUUAUUUUGACCAAUUCUAAAGGAAAUAUUCUACAUCAUUUCUAUGAUGUUAAUAAAUAUUAUGGAGUACAUACUGUUAACAAUGUUGGAGAGUUGAUUUAUGUGGACAAAGACUGGAACAUUAACAAACUAAGUGCAGAUAAUACUACAAAAUCGACGCUGAUUCAGAGAAUUGAACUAUGGGAACCAUGGUGUAUCUGUCAUUCUUCCUCUACUGAAGAUUUGCUGGUCAUGAUGAGAUAUGAUACAAGAAACCUUACCAUUAAUUCAGAGGUGAAAGUCAUUCGGUUUAAUGACAAAGUACAACCAGUACAAACCAUCCAGUAUGACAGCUCAGACCAGCAAUUAUAUAGUGAACCUAUCUAUAUCAUAGAGAACCGUAAUGGUGAUGUUAUUGUUUCUGAUGCAUGGAGUGGCUUGGUGGUCACUUACCAUAAUGGAAAGUAUCGUUUCACUUACAGAGGACCACCAAAAGGAUCAGCAUUAGGAUUCUUUAUGCCACAUGGAACCUGUGUAGAUACAUUCUUAAAUAUCCUGAUCUGUAGUCGAUUGGACCAAACAAUACACAUGAUUGACAAGGACGGCCAUCUCCUGUCAAUUCUAUCAAUUUUACCAACAAAACAAGAUGGGAUGGUUGAUCCAUUGGGUAUGGGCUAUGACGAGAAAAAUCAUCUUGUUUGGAUGGGAUCAGUCAACAACAACAUACUGUAUGCAUACAGAUAUAUAGAACGACAAGAUUAUCUCGCAGAUAUUUCUUAA